UAUAUAUAUAUAUAUGUAUAUAUGUAUAUAUGUAUAUCUUCACACAAUGCAUAUGAUUUUAUGACACUUUUACAAAUUCACUUAGAAAAUUUUGAAUUUGUGAAUUUUGAUUGAUCUUCCAAGCGAUUUUUAAACGAAGAUCGGAAAUAAUACGUAACCAUUUCCAGAAAUUGUUUGUGCCGUAAAAUACUUAAGAUUUGAAGAACCUUUUGUGGUAUUUUCGGUAUUUUUAAUUUCUUGUAGUAAGUACUUCUUUUUAAUAUUUUGUAACGAGGAGUCGUAGUAGAAUGACAUUUUCUUAAACUACGAAAAUUAAUGGUAUUGUACGUAUAUGCACAUAUGACAAAACAAUAUAAUAUUAUUUGUAAAAUUUUAAGCGAAUGUUUACCCAAAUUUCGAUUUCAUAGUUUUCCUUAAUUUUAAACAUGCUUUCGAAUUAGAUCUGAUACGACUGAUUUCGGACUCGUUAAUCAAUUUUUCCGUGAAAAUAAUUUCCUUGCGAUUUCUAAGCUUGUUAUGUGUCAUAAUGUAAAAUUCGUUUGAUUAGGCUAUUUGAAUAUAUAAAAUCAUCUUUUCUAUUGAUAAUAGUUUUUUCGAAAUUUACAAGAUAAUCAAAUACAUGAAAAUAGAAAAUGUCGAUUGCGCGUCAAACAAAAGGACAAGCUAUUUACGAAUUUCGUUUGCAAUUGAAAUCGAUUUUAUGAUCGAUUUUAUUAAUAAAGUUAUCGAAUUAAUUACAAAUCGUAUAAAGUUCGUACAUCAAUUAUUUUCCGCAGUAUGAAAUAAGAAUUGUCUUUAAUUUAGGGAGAAUUUAUAUGAAUGAACGAAUUGGAAUGAAAUAUAACGAUAGUUAAAUGAAAAUCGCCUUAAGGCUUGCUUAAAGCGUUUACACACUGUUUUGUGAUUGGUUGAUUUCGGUCUGAUGUACGUUUGGAAUUUUUUAGGCUAAGUUUCUAUUGGUUCCUAUAAACAAGAGUACUACAUACAAUAGUCACGAGUAGAGUUAAGAUUACAGGAUGUUUGACAUCAACCAUCUUUCUGCAUUAUGUAUAGGAAUUUAAUGUACAGUAUUCACUAUUUCCGGUACACAUGGUUGUAUCUCAGUUAUAUUAUUUGAUACUUAUUUGUAUAUUAUAUAUUUUACUACAGUGAAUGGAAUAUACAAAGCAUAAAAUAUGGCACUUUACGUUUUAUAUGAGCAUGCAGCUGGCUAUGCUGUAUUCGGCGUUAAAGAAUUUGAAGAAGUAGGAAUGUUAUUGCCUCAAGUUGAAGCAUCAGUAACAGAUUUAUCAAGAUUUAAUGCUGUGGUAAAGCUCGUUGGAUUUUCACCUUUCAAAACUGCUUUAGCUGCAUUAGAGAAUGUGAACAGUAUCUCGGAAGGCAUCGUACCCGAAGACCUACAAUUGUUUUUAGAUUCUGUUUUGCCUAAAUCCGAUCAGAAAAACAAAAUCAUUCUUGGUGUAUCAGAUCCAAAAUUAGGUGCCAGUAUCACAGAGAUAUUGGAUAUAAAAUGUGACCAUACAGGUGCUGUACCUGAAAUUAUCAGAGGAGUAAGAUUUCACUUUCAUAAUUUAAUUAAAGGUUUUACUGCCAAAAGUUCUGCAGUAGCUCAGCUCGGACUUGGUCAUAGUUAUUCAAGAGCUAAAGUUAAAUUUAAUGUUAAUCGUGUAGAUAAUAUGAUUAUACAAGGUAUAGCUUUACUGGAUCAACUGGACAAAGACAUAAAUACAUUUAGUAUGCGUAUACGUGAAUGGUAUAGUUACCAUUUUCCAGAAUUAGUAAAGAUUGUUCCUGAAAAUUAUAUGUAUGCCAAAGUGACACAAUUAAUUAAAAAUAGAAAAGAAUUAACAGAAGAAAAAUUGGAAGCAUUGGAAGAAAUUGUUAUGGACAGUGCGAAGGCUCAAGCAAUUAUAGAUGCCUCUAAAUCAUCUAUGGGCAUGGACAUCAGUCCUGUGGAUCUUCUUAAUAUUGAAAUGUUUGCUAGACGUGUAAUAGGAUUGGCAGAUUAUCGAAAGCAAUUGGCUGAAUAUUUAAAAUCUAAAAUGACUGACAUUGCACCGAAUUUGGCUACUCUUAUAGGGGAUCAAGUAGGAGCUAGAUUAAUAGCCCAUGCUGGAUCAUUAACCAAUUUAGCAAAAUAUCCUGCAUCUACUGUUCAGAUAUUAGGAGCAGAAAAAGCAUUAUUUAGAGCAUUAAAGACAAAAGGUAAUACACCUAAAUAUGGAUUACUAUUCCAUUCUACAUUUAUUGGCCGUGCUGGUACUAAAAACAAAGGAAGAAUAUCCAGGUAUUUGGCCAAUAAAUGCUCUAUUGCGUCAAGAAUAGAUUGUUUCGCUGAGACACCAACAAAUAUCUUUGGUGAAAAAUUACGACAACAAGUGGAGGACCGUUUGAAAUUCUAUGAAACGGGUGAGAUACCUAAAAAAAAUAUAGACGUGAUGCAAGAGGCACUUGAAGAAGCUCAACAUGUAAUAGCUAAUCUGGAAAUGGAAUCACAGAAGAAGAAGAAGAAAAAAAAUAAGAAAAGAAAACAAGAAGAAUUACAAAAUGGUAAUACUGCUACUAAUGGUAUUCAUGAAAAUGGAGACAAAGAAGAACUUGUUCAGGAGACCGAAGAACCUUUAAAAAAGAAAAAGAAAAAGAAAAAGUCCAAAAGUAUAGGUGAUAGUAUGGAAAUAUCAUAAAUAACAUUUUACUAUUUGUAUUAUUGCUAUAUCUAUAUUAUCUCACACACAUUAAAAGAACUGGCAUAUUCAACUUAUAGAAUUUUAUAAAUUUUCAACAAUGUUUUCUACAUACUUUCCUCAGAAACGAAGUUAAUAGAAUUAUCUCCUUUAAACUCAUAUAAAGUGUAUCAUCUGAAAUAUUUCCGUCGUGAUAAAUAUUACGAAAAAAUAUUUCCUAUAAAAGUUCCAUAGUUUUACGGAGACCACUGUGUAUAAUAAAAAUGAUUUUAUUCCAUUGCAAAAGAUUAAUCAGAUAAAGACAUCAAUUUUGUUUUUUUAAAUGGAAUGUUAUAUUUUAUUUAUUUAUAAAUAAUAGCUACUUUGAAAGUAAAUUACAGUAUAUAAUCCAGUAUAUUGAUAAAUAAGUAAACGUUUACAAGAGUCGAGGAUUUAUAAAUAAAUAAUAUUUUAUUUAAAAAUAAAAAAGAAAGUUGAUCUUUUUAUCUCAUUAACUUUUUGCAAUGGAAUAAAAUUAUUUUUACGUUACACUACUUCCCAUAAAAUUGCAAGAAUUUUUAAAUUAUCUAGGAAAUUUUUUUUUUUUAAUUUUGUAUUACUAUAGAAAUAUUUUAGGUAAUAAAUAUAUGGGUGAUAUAUCCUGUAUAUUACAAAAAAUUUUCUUCAAAUAAGUUUUGCUCUUCUAAUAUUUUCUGUUUUAUUUUAUUGAAAAAUCCUUUAUUAUUAGAAUCAUGCUUGCAUUUUAAAGUUAUCUUAUGUGUUAUGAAUUUUUCUAUUAGGACAUCUGUUAUAUAGAUCAUUAUAAUUUUAUUUUUUUCUCCAAAAUUCAAAGUUAUAAAUGAUAAAUAAAAACAGAACUUUAUAUAUAUAUAUAUAUAUUAUGAUAUGUAAUAUUCUGUAAAAUUUUUUUAUUUAUAAGCUUACCUUAUUUCAUUAGAAAUCCUAUAGUUUAUGAAAGAAGGCGCUAAGUAUAAUAUGAUGUAUAAAAAUUAACUAUUUUAAAUAUAUUUUGUAUUGUGUCAUAAUUUAAAUUUAUAUAUACAUAUACAUAUAUAUGUAUGUAUGUAUGUAUAUGUAUACGAAUAUAUAUACACAUAUGUGUAUAGAAAAAUAUGAAUAGAAACCAGGACUGAUAAAUAUACUUAAUGUUUCCAUACGUGUUUUCAUCUAUAAUUACAUAAUUUUUACAUUACGAAACAGUUUUCUACAAAUUGAAAAAUAUACCUUUGUCAAGAAAUUGUAAAAUAUACCUUUUUUUAGUCAAAUUAUUUGGUGCAAUAGUUAAAUCUUUUUCUUACAUUAGUUUUCCCAAACUCCACAAUUCAAAACUAUGUUAAGAUACUCUACUAUUAAACUUAUAGAUAUAUUUUUUUUAAACGCGAAGUUGAAAUCUGUUAUAAAAACUUUGUGAUACUCCUAUUUGAUUAUACAUUGUAAUAUGUUCAUUUCUUUAUAUAUAUAUAUAUGAUCUUAUUGUCACAUUUAAUCUGGUAAAUAUUAAAUGAAUAAAUUCAAGUAGUAUUUCAUACAAAUGAGGAAGAUGGUGGUAUUAUGGAAAAAAAAAUAAAACAUUAAAUAAUUUUUGUAUUAACACCAGCACCAAUGAGCAUUUAAUAACGAUAAAAUUGUUAUGCAAAUAUUUCAAUCGAUAGUUACAAUUAUAAGUUCUAUACUAAAUAAAAUUCAGUCAAAAAUGCCUAAAUUAUCCAUUUGUUAU